CUGUUUUCAAGUCUUCGCCAUUUCUCGAUCUCUCUCGUUCUUCAGCAGACUCCAUUCUCUUUUCCCUUCAUGAGAAUCGAGAAACGGAGGAUCUGCCUCUCCUCUCCCCAUUUUUUUCUCUAAAAAUUCCAGGGAUGAAUAGAAUCUGCCAGGAAACGAAACGAAUGUAGCAACAGUCGCCUGGUUUGCUUUUCCUCGACCUUUUGAUCAUUCUCAGGUUAAAAACUGAGACAUAUGCCUCUACAAAAUUGCACCUGAAGGCUAUUGGUGUACAUUUCUUGUAUUUUGAAGCCUAGGCCUUCAGGAAAUUAGAUGAGAUUGUUUGAGCCUGAAAGUAUGCCAUCAGAAUCUGAUAAGUGGGGAUGGAAACAUGUAAGUGUAUUUGGUGGGUUUGACAAAGGAAGUGGUACCAAGAGAUGGAAAUGUAACUACUGUAGCCUACGAUAUAAUGGAUCUUAUUCCCGUGUGAGGGCCCACCUUCUUGGUUCCACUGGUGUCGGGGUCAAAAGCUGCCCUGCAAUAGAUAGGUCUUUGAGGGAUGCACUUCAGAUCCUUGAAGAAGAGCGCCUUGCCCGCAAAAAGAAAAGAAUUUCUGGAAGUGGAAAGUCGAGCAAGCGCAUUCGGAACUCACAACCAAGUCUUUCUUCUGUCUGGAAAGCAUCUCCUAGAGAAGACAUAGAUGAUUCAGUAGCCAGAUUUUUUUAUGCAAAUGGAUUGAAUUUCAAUAUUCUCAAUUCCCCUUAUUUCCAUGACAUGGCCAAAGCAAUUGCAGCCUUCGGUCCUGGAUAUGAACCUCCACCAGUGGAGAAAUUGUCAAGUUCUUUCUUGCAUAAAGAAAAAACAAGAAUAGACAAAGCUAUGGGUCCUAUCAGGGAAUCAUGGCUUUACACAGGCUGCACAAUACUUUGUCUUAAUCGAUUAGAUUGUGCACUUGGCUCCUUCAGUAGCAAUGUUUUUGUGUCUAGUCCAAGGGGAUUCAUAUUCUUGCAAACUCUGGAGAUAAAUGAAGGUAACAAAGCAGACAAUGUCUUGGCUGGGGUUCUUAAUAAUGUAAUCAUGGAAGUGGGGCCUAGAAAUGUGGUUCAGAUAAUAAUGCAUCCCAGGCAUUCAUCCAAAUCCUCUGAAUCUCUUAUUCAGUCCAAGUUCCCACAAAUAUUUUGGUCACCCUGUACAUCAUACUCCAUCCAUAUGUUGAUGGAGGAUAUAGCUGAACUUGAUUGGGUGAAGCCGAUUGUCUUGUGUGCCAAAGGUAUUGAGCAAUAUGUACUAACUCAACAUUCUUCUUUGUCUGUUUUCAGUCAAAAUUUGAAAGAGAGCUUUGGUCCUACUUCUGUCAAGCUUUCCCCCUCCUACCGUUUGGUCCAGAGGAUUGUUGAGCUUAAGCAAGCUUUACAAGAAUUGGCCCUCAGUGAGGAAUGGAGACAAUGGAAACUCACCUUUCCAGAAGAUUUUCUAAGCAUUGAAGCUGCCAUUUUGGGCAAUGAAUUCUGGAGUGGGGCUCAUAUGGUGUUGCAGUUGUUUGAGCCUUUUGUAAGAUUGCUUGGUUUACUGAAUAUAGAUGAAUGUAUUAUAGGUGAUGUAUAUAAUUGGCGUGUUCAGGCACUUGAAGCAGUGAGAAGUAAAGGAAUUGAUGAAAUAAUUCUGAAGCAGCUAGAAGUGCUGAUAGAAAACAGGUGGGAAACAUUGUUUUCCCCUCUCCAUGCCACUGGUUACAUACUGAACCCAAGAUACUUUGGGAAAGGCCAGUGCAAGGAUAAAUCUAUAAUGCGGGGUUGGAAGGCCACUCUUGAAAGAUAUGAGUGUGAUGGGACAGACAGACGGGUUCUUAGAGAGCAGAUUAGCUCUUACUGGCGGCUUGAGGGCUCCUUGGGGGAGGAAGAUGCUUUAGAUUGUAGAGAUAAGAUGGAUGCAGUUGCAUGGUGGGAGAAUUUUGGCUCUGAAACACCUCAAUUGCAGACAUUGGCAAUUAAGAUUCUGAGUCAGAUUUCAAGUAUUUCAACAUUUCAAGUGAGCUGGUAUGAAAAUAGUUUUUGUCGAGAAGCAGCUAAUAGUUUGGAGGCAGAUAUAGCUGCAGAUCUCUUGUUUGUCCGCAACAACCUUAGACUUCAAGGAAGAAAAAUUGGGAAUUCAAAUUCCUCUUCUGUUAGGACAUAGGAUAGCACUCACACUGACCAAAUAAGGGGUCCUGGAAAUAUCCAGAACAACUUGUAACUAAAUUUCCUUUACUGAUGGCAGAUUUCUGGGGUUUGGUUGCCCUUCCUGCAUAAGCAUGCAGAUUAUUGUCCUGGAACUGAAGUUAUUGCAACCAUGAAUGGAAGAUGGGGCUCUAAUAUUCUAUUUGUGGAUGCCUUAUCAUUGAGCCAAUGUCAUAAAGAUGACAACCAUCCAAAUGGACCGUGGUUGGUACCAAUGAAUGGAUAGGAUGAAGUCAACAUACACAAAUUCCUUUAAGAACUGGUGAUCAGGGACAUCCGGAGGCUUAGAGGAAGCAGUGUCUUCAUGCAACUUAAGAUGCAUUUUCUGGCACUUACCUGGUGGGGAUUGUGAUACCAAAUCAUGCCAAAUUUGAUAUCAGGUACACUGUAUAGUAAGUGCUUGUGAUAAUUUGUAAUUUGUAGCAUCACUUAAAAUAGUUUUCAGCAAAAGUCUUUCAUCAACUCAUUCAUUUGA